AUGUUUUCUGUUUUAAAUAAAGCAAUAAAAUUAAUGUUAGUCAUUAUGAAUUUUUCACCUUUUGGGACUUUUUCCCAGACAAUUCCAGGCGCAGGAAUGCAUCAUUUUACCACUGCCAAAUUUGCUCAAAAUAUUGCCCCUGGUGGGCAAGUACUAGGAGUCAUAAGCAGUGGAGAAGGUGGAGUUCAUUAUCUUAGGCCAGUGGAUAAUGGGUUCAAUAACCAGUCUGGGCCACAAUUGAUUACUCUUCCCAUCACGGUAUCUGGAAAACCAGAUUCCGAUCAAACACCACAAACUAUACAAAUCCAAGUGGUUAAUCCAAACGCUCCUACGAUAAGUCCCAAUACAAGUAAUAGCAAUGCUCCUAAAUAUGUUAUGCCUAUUCAAAUACAAGGAUUUCCACAAGGUGCUGCAACAGUUUUGACAUUGGCUUACAAUCAAGCUCUUCCCGGGGAACCGCUUCAACUUCAAUUGCAGCCACAAAUCGAAAUGGCCAAUAAUGAAAAUGAAGGAGAAACGAAUAAUAAUAACAAUAAUAACAAUAACAAUAAUUUGAACAGUAACAGCAGUAUCAACAACAACAACAACAACAACAAUGGUAGCUGUACCAAUAAUAGUAAUAGUAAUAAUAAUUCGGUUCAAACCGAUCAAAAUUUAUCGUUAGAAGAGAAAUCUCAAGAGAAUAAUGUGGGUACAUAUCCGAUAGCAAUGGUCGCUAAUCAAAUGGUGAUAAAAACCGAAUCAGAUGUUGACACAAAGUCGACGCAGACGAAUGCGGAAAAGUGUAAGGAUUCUAAAACUAAUGUGAACGAAGAUGAUGACGUGACUGGUGAAAAUGAGGAAUUUUUGAGUUCCACAUUGACGACAAUGCCUAGUUCGUGGCAAAGUUUAGCCACCCCUGGUUCUGCCGUGGCAGAUUACUUAUCGAAAAUUCCAAACUCUUUACCACUUACGUUGCAACACUUUUUAAGGUUUUCUGCGGAAACAAUUAAGCGAGAACAGGGUAUUGAAUCAAGCCCAUUGCCUUGUGAAUAUAACGAAUCGUAUCAGAAUGGAGUCGAAGAACAAAUUGGUUUAGAAAUCGAUUUUAACGGUAAAACAAAGAAAAAGAAAAGACCCGUUAAGAAAAAACCUCCGAGACCUAAAAAACCGCGUCCGGGUCAAGUGCACAUAGCCACCGCUCUGGACGGUACGACAUUAUUUUGUUGUCCACAAUGUCACAUGGCAUAUCCGGAAAAAGAAUCACUCGAACAGCAUUUAGUGGGACAUAAAAUAGAACGUAGAUUUAUUUGUGACAUUUGCGGUGCAGGAUUAAAACGUAAAGAACAUUUAGAGCGUCACAAAUUGGGUCACAAUCCCGAACGUCCUUUCGUUUGUCAAGUGUGCGAAAAAGGGUUCAAAAGAAAAGAACAUUUGAAUCUGCAUUCAGUAAUACAUUCGGGUGAGAAGACGGAAAUUUGCAGUGAGUGCGGAAAAGGAUUUUACAGGAAAGAUCAUUUGAGAAAGCAUGCAAAGAGUCACAUUACUAAAAAGAUUAAGGAAGCAGCCCAGGCUCAAGCUCAAACGAUAUUAGAAGCUCAGGCUCAGGCUCAAGCUCAGUUGGGAGGACAACACACGCACUUUUCCAUACCCAUACCAAAUAUGCCGGGAGUGAGUGUCAUACCUCUCAACAGGGGAGUUUUGGGAGGGGAAGAGGAGGGAACGAGCGCCGUCGUAUCGAUAAAAACGGAAAUAGAAGACGAAGAAUUACCGAAUCUUUCCAUGCAAGAACCUCAACCUCAAGUGACGAUAACGGCCUCGACGACGACGACGAGUUCUCAAAACAGUGAUACCAACGGUAUGAGACAUAACAACUCAAGAGUGAAAUAA